AUGCGGAUGCUACCACAGGGACAGGAGGAGGACGAGGGAACGCAAGUCUCAUGGGAGGAUCAGCAGAAGAUCAACUCGUUCUCUAAGUUGAAUGGUCGGAUAAAGACUAUUGAGGAGAAGAUGGAGGUUUUGAAGCAAGAGAAGGAAGCGUUAGACGACCUCUCGAUGGAACUCGAACUCGCAGACGAAGACGAGCCCGUACUAUACCGAGUCGGCGAAGCCUUUCUUCACAUGCCCCACUCACGCGCCAUGAAACGCCUCGCAUCCGACCAAGCCGCCACGGAAGAGUCUCUGGAGAAGUUGAAAGUACGAGCGGACGAGUGUGCGGGAGAGAUGAAGCAGCUUAAGGUUGCGUUGUAUGCUAAAUUCGGAAACGCGAUCAAUCUUGAUGAGUAA